AAGCUGCGUCUGAUCAAGAAGGCUGAGAGCUCCCCCGCUGUCAAGUAUGAAGACCUGGCCCUUUGGGCCAAAGUCGAGUUCGGUCUGCAAAGGCCCCCUGGGAAAGCCACCAUCGGCCGCAUCAUCUCGGGGGCGUAUCGCGCUGUUGCGCCAGCCUCACGAAAGUGCUCAGCGCAAGAACAAGCCGCGGAGGGAAUAUGCCUCAGCGGUGCAAUGAUCGUCUUCUAUGCUACGGUGCUAGCCAAGAAGUUGGGCACCCCUAGACAUACAGUCGACUUACUAACUGCCAUGAAGUGGUGCGAGUCUGCGUGGGAUAAUGUGUCAGCUUCUACAAGUGCUGGUUGCACUCCACGCUCAUUACAUACAAACUUCAGCUGA